CCCCUCGCGCUGGGGGCCGCAGACCGAAGCGGGGCUGCAGUUGUCGCGGGAGAGCAGAUGGCACAGGUGGCCGCGGCCGCGCAAGGCAUCGCGGCGGCCAGGACGGGCGAACCGCCGCCCGCCCCCGCCGAGGAGAAGCGGAGGAGCCACACCUGGUCGGCGUGUCCUGCAAGUCCCGGCCCACCGCCCCGCCGCCGGACUGACCUGAGGGCACCGCUGGGCCCCUCGCCGCCAGGGUGCCCAGCGACGCAGCCGCCGCCGAGGCCGCCGGAGCCGGCCGACGCCUCGGCGGGUGGCGCCGUGGACGGGGACGCGCUGCACGCCAUCUGGCGCUGUCACAGGCGAAGACGCAGUCGCAGCAGGAGGGGUCUGGGGCUGGUGUGCGAGACAGCGUGAGGCCUGGGGCCACUGUCAUCAUCAAGAGCUCCGAGGACCCCAACCAUGGCCAGCUCGGCGUGGUGGUGCGGCGCGAGGCGGACAGCGGCUACUGGCUGGUCCGCCUGCGGCGUAAGCUGACGCCGGGCAUGCCCGAGAACUGGACGCACUGCACGCUGCACGCCUUCAAGGCCGAGCACCUGGCGCCGGUGCGCACGGAGGAGGUGCAGGCUGCCCUGAGGGAGCUAUUCGACGAGGUCCAGGCGGAGCAGCAGAAGCAGGUCCAGCAGAAGCAGGCGGCGGCCUCGUCGGCCGCCCCGGACCCCGCGAGGGUCAGGGUGCUGCGGAGCCCCGUGCCCGAGAGGAAGGAGAAGGAGGUGCCGCCUGGGACCUUCGAGGAGGACGACGAGGAGAGACGGCGAAGAAGAAGAGGCAGGCCAGGGCCGGACAGGCGGGCAUCCAGAUCCACGUCAAGCAUGGCGCGGUAGAGCCUCGGGCGGCCACGGCCGAGGGUGCGGCGCGGCGCCCCCCGGCGAGGUCGGAGAGCCACGAGCGCUGCAGGGCCAGGGAUGGCCCAACCCAACUGCAAGGACGAGCGGCCGCGGCGGGGAGCGCCCGAGGGAACGCCGGGAGCGCCCGCCCAGGGACCUCGCGGCGGCCAAGAGGAGGGGCGUGGAGCUCGUGCGGCGAAGGAUGGCGGAGGCGGUGCAGAGGCAGCGGGCGCAGGACGGGGGGGCGGACGAGGCGGCGGGCCCCCCAGCCCGCAGCACGAGCCCCAGCGCCCGCAGCAGGAGCCCCGCGGGGCGUGGCGCGGCGGGGAGCUCGGCGGCGGUCGCGCGGGCCCGCGAGGCGGCGAAGGGCAGGGCGCAGGGCCGGGAGGCCUCGCGGAGCCCCAUCGCGCGGGCGGAGGCGAAGCGGA